GAUUCUCUCACUCUCGCGCGCCUGUGUCGUCGCGUGUAAAGCGGUGUGACUCCCUCACGCGCGCGCACCCACCCGCUCCGGAUCCACGGACUAAAGGAUGCUCGCGGUGCGUGUCCGUGGCAGCGCUCCCCCGACAUCAGCAGCAGCAGCAUGUCCACAGUGAUGAGCGGCUUAUUGAAUAUGGCGAGUCUCGCGGAUUUCGAGCCGCUCGCGGCGGUGAUUCCCGCCACGAAAGUUGAGAUCACCGUGUCGUGCAGAAACCUCUUGGACAGAGACACCUUCUCAAAAUCUGAUCCAAUUUGUGUGCUGUACACUCAGACUGUGGCAAACAGGGAGUGGAGGGAGUUUGGCAGGACAGAAGUCAUUGAUAACACGCUGAAUCCAGACUUUGUGCACAAAUUCAUCCUCGAUUACUUCUUUGAAGAGAGACAAAAUUUACGCUUUGACCUGUAUGACCUCGACUCAAAGAGUGAAAACCUGUCCAAACAUGCAUUCCUGGCAAGAACUUUCUGUACAGGAUCAGUCCCUUCUUCAGUAAUACACAAGGUUCCUUCUGACUUUAGAGGCAUUCCUGGCAAGAACUGUGGAACUAUUAUCGUGAAAGCUGAAGAACUUGGAAAUUGCAGGGAGUCAGUAUUGAUGCAGUUUUGUGGCAACAAACUGGACAAGAAAGAUUUCUUUGGAAAGUCAGACCCUUUCUUGGUCUUUUACCGUAGCAAUGAAGAUGGAACAUUUACCAUCUGUCAUAAGACGGAGGUGGUUAAAAACACGCUGGACCCUGUAUGGCAGGCCUUCAAGAUCCCAGUCAGAGCACUGUGUAACGGGGACUAUGACAGAGCAAUAAAAAUCGAGGUGUAUGACUGGGACAGAGAUGGAGGUCAUGACUACAUCGGCGAGUUCAGCACCAGCUACAGGGAGCUCUCUAAAGGCCACUCUCAGUUUACUGUGUGGGAGGUGCUGAACCCCAAGAAAAAGAAAAAAAAGAAGAAAUAUCUAAACUCAGGAACCGUCACUCUGCUGUCCUGCUUCAUUGAUGUCGAGGUUACGUUCCUGGACUACAUCAAAGGAGGGACUCAAAUUAAUUUCACAGUGGCCAUUGAUUUUACUGCGUCAAACGGCAACCCUUCUCAGCCUACCUCUCUACACUACAUGAGCCCGUAUCAUCUGAAUGCGUAUGCACUGGCCCUCAGAGCCGUGGGAGAGAUUAUUCAGGACUAUGAUAGUGAUAAGCUGUUCCCUGCACUGGGGUUUGGUGCAAAACUGCCACCCGAUGGCCGCAUAUCUCAUGAAUUCCCGCUGAACGGGAACCCAGAAAACCCAUACUGCAGCGGGAUAGAGGGCGUUCUAGAGGCAUAUUAUCAGAGUCUGAAGUCUGUUCGUCUCUAUGGACCAACAUACUUCUCACCUGUCAUUAAUCAUGUAGCAAGAUAUGCGUCAUUAGUAAAGGAUGGCUCCGAAUACUUCAUCCUCCUCAUCAUCUCUGAUGGGGUCAUCUCUGACAUGGCUCAGACGAAAGAAUCCAUCGUAAAUGCCUCUAGUCUUCCCAUGUCGAUUAUCAUCGUUGGAGUCGGGCCAGCCGAGUUUGACGAGAUGAUUGAACUAGAUGGAGAUGAGGUCAGGAUAUCAUCCAGGGGUCGCUUUGCGGAGAGAGACAUCGUGCAGUUCGUUCCUUUCCGAGACUACAUCGAUCGCAGAGGGAAUCACAUCCUCAGCAUGGCCCGUCUGGCCAAAGACGUUCUUGCAGAAAUCCCCGAUCAGUUCCUCCAGUACAUGAGGAGCAGAGGCAUCAAACCUCAGCACUCGUCCCACUCCACCUCCUCCAAACCCCCGUCCACACUCGUCCACCCGCUGCAGACACAGAUCUGAGCCAUCGCACAAACCAGACGUCCUCUCUUUGGUUCACCUUCACUCUCAGGAUCACACAAGGCCUGUCUGAGUGAAACGCUGCCCUUCUGCAUGCUCUUUCAGUAUGAAGGGUGAUGUUAGGCGCGCUGAGGUUUCAGAAGGUGUUUCAGACUGUUUUAAAGUAUCGAGUGGCCUCUUCAGUCAGUCAAACAUCAGAUAUGACUUCACAGUCUCUGUCUCACAUACCACCAUCUCCUGUUCUCAUGUCUGACAAACUUCUGCAUACGUUUACAAUUGUACCGUUUUUUACAAAUAGAUUUUUUUUGUACCUCAUGAAAACUCUGAGCUGCUUAACAAUGAAAUGUACUCAUUUUAUUACAUGAUGUUGGAAACAGAGCGAGUGUGAUUUUAGAAUAAGCAUGAAUCCACCCUCAGUACAAACGUUAGGGAAACUUUCAUGCGGUUGUGCGAGGCCUUGGUUUUCAUUUUAUUGUAGUGUUCGCUUUAAAAUAUUUUACUAUUUCAGUAUUCCAUAUUCUUGGUCAUUUGACUGCCUCAAACUGUACAGAAUUUGUGCUUAGCUUUCGCGGCACUAGCACAGCACAGAAAUUUAACAGGAAAGCCUUACUCUCCGUUAAAGGAACAGUU